GAACAAAACAAAUACGCACUUCCGGUUUCUGCACGCUGCCUCCUUCCUCCCCACCAACAAACCUCUGCUGUGCUGUAAAGACAGAAAAAACACCAACAUGCCGAAAGCCAAGAAGUCCGGGAAGAGACAGAAGUUCGACUACAACCAAGACCGGAAGAAGUUGAUGAAGAAGUUCAUAAAGAAAUGCAACCCGAGGAUAGAAAAUAAACAGGUUCGAAAUGCGUGGGACGACAAGAAGUCCAUGGCCAGGAACCUGCAGGAGAUGGGCCUGGCCUUUGAUCCAAACCGCACGCUGCCAAUAAAGAAAAGUAGCCUCCUCGGAAAAGAUCAAGUGACGAAAGGUCCCGCCGGCAUCGUGACCAAGCCCUACGUAAUCAACCAGCUGCAGGAGGAGGCCGACCGUCCAGAGAAGGACUCCAAGACGCUGUCCUCCGAUCUGAUCGAAUACGCUCAGUACAUGGUCCGAGAGCACGUCGACGACUUCAAGGCGAUGGCCAUGGACGAGAAGAACUACUACCAGGACACGCCCAAACAGAUCAAGAGGAAGAUAAGCGAGUACAAGCGGUGCCACCCGGAGAACUACAGCGCCUUCAUCGCCUCGCUGGCGGCCUCGCUGGCGGUCCAGUAGAAGGGACCGCCGGCCCCGUUCUGGACUGUCUGUCAUUCACGGAGAGACGUAGUGCUGCAAGCCGGGGACACGAGUCCAGUGCGAGGACUGCGGGUGCGCCGCAGACGGACCUGCACUCCUUCUGUGUCGCGACCCUCCAGGACCUUUUUCUGUUACUUUCCUCCCUGUCAAAGAUUUCCUGUUUUAAUCGAUUCCAUUUCGGUUUUUUGUGUGUGUGUGUGUGUGUGUGUUCUGAACGACAAACGGGAUCGACAGAGAUGUGUUUGUAAUGUAAUCAUUUAAAUAUCGUGACGCUCAUUUACGCAGAUGUGUUUCUUUUCUUCUUUUUUUUCCACUGAGAUGAAGAGUAUCCACACACACACACACACUGGAGAUUUCUCAGAUGUUUCUCAUCAGGCUGUUUUUAGAUCUUCAGUUACAACACGAAGUGUUGACGCGUGGAAAGGAAUCUCUGCAGCAUCACGCUUUGAGCUGCUCGGGACGGGCGCGCCGUUCUAGUGUUCAAAACACAUCUCCGGCUACGUUAAAUAAUGUAGCCGGAGACGCAGUUAACCGAUUACAUCAAGGUUGUGUCGGCCUGGUUAGAAUAACACGGCUUCCGUCAGAGUGUGAGAGCUUGUUUUUAAAGUGUGGAAAUGUUCACAUAUUCAGUGUUUUUGUCGUGAAAAAUUUCAGAUAUUUGUAGAACCUGCCACUUAAAAGUUUUCAGUUUGAACAAACACACGGACAUCUUUGUACCAAAACUAUACGGGAUAGAAUGAAGCAUCCAUAAAGCUUUUCCCUGUUACAUAUUCAGGUUUUUUAAAUUUAAUUUAGUCUCCAUGGUAUCCUCAUGCUCCAUCACACUAUAAUUUAUCCCACCAUCUGUAGGCAAUGACGCACUGUUCAAAGCUUCGUGCAGGAUGCGGUCGUUGAAUGCUAACUCAACUUUUUAAAGAAAGUUUUAUCUUUAUGAAAUGAAGAAUAGCUCCUGUUGAGGAAUAUAAUAGGCACAAUUCUGCUUAGAGAAAAAUGUGUGAAGUAAACACCGGAGGUUUAGUUUGACACGUUGAUAAAAAAACACGCAUCACUCCCAGGGGAGCAUCUGAAUUAAAUGUUUGAAAGCGAA